AAUGAAUGAUCCAGAAUUGUACAACAUGGCUAAUUCAUUACAAAAGAAUGCAGCAGUCCAAUGUCUUAAUGAAUAUGCGAAGAAAAUUAACUGGAAGAACAUUGGAGACAGCGCCAUUGACCUAGGAUGUGGUGAUGGAAGCGUUACUGUUAUUUUAAAGAAAUACAUGCCCAGUAAUUACAAGAAGUUGGUCGCAUGUGAUAUAAGCGAAAAGGCGGUCAAAUAUGCAAAUGAACAUCACAGUGAUGAAGUCACCAUGUUCAAGGUGCUGGACAUCCAGGGAGACCUGCCGGAUGAAAUGUAUUCAGCAUUCCACCACGUGUUCUCUUUUUAUGCACUGCACUGGAUACGAAAUCAAGAGAAGGCAUUUAGAAAUAUCUAUAAUCUUCUAGAAGAAGGCGGAGACUGUCUCCUCACCUUCCUUGGCUACGCUCCCUUGUACAGCGUCUACAGUAUCCUAUCACAAUGCUCCAAGUGGGAAUCUUGGUUGAAAGAUGUCAAAAAGUUCAUAUCACCUUAUCACGAUAUGCAGGAACCAGAAAAAAAGGUCACCCAAAUGAUGCAAGAAAUAGGUUUCAAAAAUAUUGAUGUCAAAUGCAAGGAAAUGCGUUUUGUAUUUGACAGCGUGGAAGCUAUGAAAAAUACAAUAAAAGCUAUUGAGCCUUUCGAUAUGCCGAAAGAUGUGUAUGAAGAGUUCAUGCAAGAUUACUACGCGGUGGCCCAAGAGAUUGGCGUCGUAGAAAUAAACAACAAUGACGUCUCAGACACAACAAUAAAUUGCUCCUAUUCACUGCUCGUCGUGUGCGCAAGCAAAUAGUUAAAGCUCGCUGAAAUUAACCCUAAAAUUAAGUGAAACCAUAGUGAAAUUAUUGAGGCAAAUCCGCCUAAAAUCUGAUUACAGAUUACCG